AUGCGUUUUGGGGCGCGUGCGGCUUGUCUGGAACAGGUUCAAGACGUGGUGGUCAUGACCGACAAGGUAACGGGAAACAGCCGAGGCUUCGGGUUUGUGACCUUCGCGGAAGCCGCCGCUGUCACCGACUGCGUCGGCGCGGAGAAGCAUAUCAUCGACGGGCAGGAAGCCGACGUCCGGCGCGCGGUGCCAAAGGGCCAUAUCGCUGGAAAAGGUGCUGAUGACGACCAACAGAACAAGGUUUUCGUCGGUGGCAUCCCAGAGAGCCUCACUGAAGAUAGGAUCGCCUCCUUUCUCUCCGAGCGCUUCGGAUCCGUCAAGAAAGUGUCGCUUAUGCACGACAAAAACACAGGUCGGUGCCGCGGAUUCGGCUUUGUAACCUUCCUGUUCCCGCAUAGCGCGCACAACUGCGUAGGGAAGCACGACGUGGACGGCCACGUCAUCGAGGUGAAGAGAGCCGAGCCGAGAUAUGCCACGGCGAAGCCUCUGAUGGGGGAUGACCGACGAGGCGACGACAGGAUGAGACGCAGCAGGGAUGAAAACGGAUAUGACAGGCACCACCCGGCGUCCUACGGCGCGCUGCCGGAAGUCGAUGCCUACGGUGCGGGGCCAAUGCGUCGAGGCCAUUAUCCACCGGCUCUCCGUCCGGCCGCGCGCGCAGAAUACGAUGCGUACGCCGCGAGCAGUCGGGCUUACGCGCCCCCGUCGGAUCCGUAUGCGGUCGCGCCCGGGGUUCACUACGCGCACCCGACGGCGGCGGCGCCGGUCGCGGCGUCGCUGCCUACGUACGGCUUGCCGCCGGCGACAGGCGGCGCGCCGGCCCCGUACAUGGUCGCGGCGCCCUCGUCCCCCACCUCCGCUCAUCCGCCAGCCUCCACGAUUGCUGUGUAUCAGCAGAUGUAUCCUGCGCACUCGGUAGCUGCGGAACAGGCCCCUCCCGACGCGUACGGCCAGGACUUAGGUGCAGCAGGGUCGACAGGGGCAGCUGAACCCAUGGUCGACCCGUACGACAUGCGAAGCGCAGCGAGCGUUAGGCAGCCGCGGUACGUUCGGCCUCCGACGUCCAGAGGGCACCCGUACUAG